UCACGACACAAUCGUAAUUUACCCACGAGAAUCGGGCGGAGCUGGAUCCACAAGCCUAUGGAAGUCCAUGAAGAAUCGUAAAAAUACAGUGGACAUAUUAGCGAGUCGAUCGUUUAGGACAUGUUUUUAGCUUAUCGGUCCUUGACAAAUUCCCGCUUACUCUGCUAUUUUCUCAUGUCAACAACCCUCAAGUCCAGUUCAUCCGGACUUUCCCAUCCUUCAACCUAGAAUCUAGAUUUCCAGUCAGUCUAGAAUCAGGGCGCCAUGCAUUUCUCACCAGUUCUACUCGGCGCCUCGAGCUUGCUGCUCAGCUCAGUGUCAGCUAUUGAUGUUGACUGGACAAGCGACUCCUCCAUCAAGUCGGCUGCCAGUACGGUCGCGUAUGGUCUCGUCAAGUACUACACAGGAAACAACACUGGCGAUGUUCCCGGAAACUUGCCUGACCCAUACUACUGGUGGGAAGCGGGUGCCAUGUUCGGACUCUUAAUAGAGUACUGGGCUUUCACAGGCGACUCGACAUAUAACGACAUCACACUUCAGGCUCUCGAACACCAGGUAGGAGACGAUGCCGACUUCAUGCCUUCAAACCAAACGAAGUCUGAGGGAAACGACGAUCAAGGUUUCUGGGCUAUGGCGGCGAUGACCGCUGCUGAGCUGAACUUCACGAAUCCGCCUUCUGGUCAACCACAGUGGCUUGCAUUGGCGCAAGCUGUGUACAACGAGUACGUCAGCCGAUGGGAACCAGACACCUGCGGCGGCGGAAUGCGCUGGCAGAUUUUCACAUUCAACAACGGCUACAAUUACAAGAAUUCCGUCUCCAACGGAUGUUUCUUCAACGUCGCGUCGCGUCUAGCUCGGUACACCGGCAACCAAACGUAUGCCGACUGGGCGACUAAGAUUUUCGAAUGGGAGCAAGGGGUCGGCUUCAUCAACUCGAACUACAACGUACUAGACGGCGCCGGGAAUGCGGGUAGCGACAACUGUACCGCGAUCAACGCGGCCCAGUUCACUUAUAACGCCGGCUUAUUCAUGCACGGCGCUGCUAACAUGUACAACUUCACCAAUGGCUCGGAGACCUGGAAGGCACGCAUCGAAGGAUUAGUCAACUCCACCUCAACUAUCUUCUUCGACAACGGCGUCAUGUGGGAGCCGAGCUGUGAGAAAACAUCAGCCAAGUGCAACGUGGACCAACAGUCUUUCAAGGGCCACCUGAUUCGCUGGAUGGCUCUAACUACGCAGCUCGCCUCCUUCACCUACGAUUCUAUCAUGCCCUUGAUAAAAUCGAACGCCAAGGCCGUCGGCGAGCAAUGCUCCGGACCCGCAGGGACGGAGUACAAGGGUCCGGACGGAACGGCGUGCGGGUUCAGCUGGCUUCAGGGAAGCACUUUCGACGGCGAGUACGGCGUGGGCGAGCAGAUGAAUGCGCUCAAUGCUAUCAUAGCUACCCUGGUUGACGGAGCACCCACCCCAUACACCUCGACAAACGGAGGCUCGUCUAAGGGCAACGUCAACGCGGGUUCGAACGACGACGACAAGAUCGCUCAACCGAGGGCCAUUACGACGGCCGACAAAGCCGGCGCCGGUAUAUUAACCGCUCUCGUGCUUAGCGGAUUAAUAGGCGGCAUGGGUUUCGUGUGGGCCGACGGGUCAUAAUCAUCAUCACCAAGACUGACUGGCAUUGUUGUUUGAGAAAUGGCAUAAUUAUAAAGAAAAAAAGCGGAUGCCCGGCGUUUAUAGUGUCAUGGAAACUGCGAAUCAUGAUAGAGAAAGAGAAUCAUUGCGGAUUUAUUUAUACCCGGCAGUUUUGUUGGAUCUGUCGCGAGGCGUUUUACAUAGGGGGUUUCGAUGGAAAUAUAUUAUAGGAGAGCGAUGUGAUGAUGUUCUGCCGCUCUCAUUUGUAUAUACAUACCUAUAUACCUGCAUUCGGUCUGUUUAUACCUUGCAUUAUAUAAAAGGUAAACCUGACAUAAACAAAGAAUAAUAGGGAAAACAGAAACAGUAUAAAGUUCUAGUUUAGAAUUACUAAGUACGGACAGAUCGAUC